CCCUGUUUCUCCCUUCAAAGCUCACAGUCGCACCCUCCCAUGGAGCCCUUCUAGAGAAACAAGGAAGAAGAAGAAGAAGAAAACCUCCUUCACUCUUUUCAUCGUUUCCCAUACCAUGCUUCUUCGUCAUCCUCACACUCUGUUCCCCUUAUUCACCUCUUCAAAGCUCGCCACCACCAUGACAACCCAAACCCUCUUCCACACCAUUCCCUUCUCCAACCUCCGCAACAACCUCUCACUCUUGCCGCUACGCCACUCCCGGAGAGCCUUCUUCACCGUCUUCUGCUCCAAACCCGUCUCAAAGCACCUUCCUUCACCGCUCAGAACCAACGGCUAUGCUGGAGCUUCUUAUUCCACUGUCCCUAGACCAGCUCGUUUGGAGAACCCUGAGGAUAGUAGUGUGCACAUGAAAUUUGAGGCUUUGAAGAAGAAGCUGAAGGUUGUUGGAAUAGAAACUGAGACAUGUUUACCUGGGCAGCACAACCACUUGACUUGUCCAGAGUGCCUAGGUGGUAACUCAGCAGAAAAGAGCUUAUCUCUGUACAUUGCGCCGGACUGGGAUUCUGCUGUAUGGGUGUGCUUUCGUGGAACGUGUGGCUGGACAGGAAGCACACAGGGCUUUGCAGGUAGCAGUUCCUAUCCUACAAAAAAGGGUCAAGUAAUUCCGGUUAAGAAAAAAAGAGCACUUAAAGAGGAGGAUUUGGAGCUAGAACCACUUUGUAGUGAGCUGGUCGCAUAUUUUUCAGAGCGCUUGAUAACGAAGGAGACUCUGCAGAGAAAUGAUGUCAAGCAGAGAAAAUAUGGUGAUCAGAUUGUUAUUGCAUUCCCAUAUCAUCGGAAUGGAACGCUUGUUAGUUGCAAGUAUCGAGACAUCAACAAGAUCUUUUGGCAGGAAGCGGACACUGAAAAGAUCCUUUAUGGAGUGGAUGACAUAGUGGGACAAAGUGAUAUUAUCAUUGUUGAAGGAGAAAUGGACAAGCUGGCAAUGGAAGAAGCUGGCUUCCGCAAUUGUGUCAGUGUUCCUGAUGGUGCCCCCCCAGCAGUCUCCUCAAAGGAGUUGCCACCAACGGAGAAGGACAGAAAGUAUCAGUAUCUGUGGAACUGCAAAAAUGAGCUAAAGCAGGCAUCCCGUAUCAUACUUGCCACUGAUGGGGAUCAACCUGGUCAAGCCUUGGCUGAGGAGCUCGCACGCCGCAUUGGGAAAGAAAAAUGCUGGCGGGUCAGGUGGCCUAAAAAAGGGCGGGAUGGUAAUUGCAAAGAUGCAAAUGAGGUUCUCAUGUAUUUGGGCCCUGAGGCACUGAGGGAAGUGAUUGAGAAUGCAGAACUAUUUCCUAUACGUGGAUUGUUUAACUUCAGAGAUUAUUUUGAUGAGAUUGAUGCCUAUUAUCAUCGAACUCAAGGAUAUGAUAUUGGUCUCUCAACCGGCUGGAAUAAUCUGAAUGAGUUAUACAAUGUUGUACCAGGUGAACUGACCAUAGUAACUGGAGUUCCUAAUUCAGGGAAGAGUGAGUGGAUUGAUGCUCUUAUUUGCAAUCUUAAUAAAUCUGAUGGCUGGAAAUUUGCGCUCUGUUCCAUGGAGAACAAGGUUAGCCAACAUGCUCGAAAACUUUUGGAGAAACACUGGAAGAAGCCUUUCAUCAACUCACGUUAUGGCGAACAUGCUGAACGGAUGAGUGUGGAGGAAUAUGAACAGGGCAAGCUCUGGUUAAGUGAUACUUUUUACCUCAUAAGGUGUGAAGAUGAUGCCCUUCCAAAUGUAAAGUGGGUCCUUGAACUUGCAAAAGCGGCUGUUUUAAGGCACGGGGUGCGUGGACUUGUAAUUGAUCCUUAUAAUGAGCUUGAUCAUCAGCGACCUCCAAACCAGACUGAAACUGAAUAUGUGAGCCAAAUGCUUACCUUAAUCAAACGUUUUGCUCAACAUCAUGGAUGCCAUGUUUGGUUUGUAGCACAUCCUAGGCAGCUGCAUAAUUGGGUUGGGGGUCCUCCUAAUCUCUAUGAUAUAAGCGGAAGUGCACACUUUAUAAACAAGUGUGACAAUGGAAUUGUUAUUCAUCGUAAUCGGGAUCCUGAGGCUGGGGCUCUUGAUCAAGUGCAGGUCUGUGUUCGUAAGGUACGGAACAAGGUUGCAGGGACUAUAGGUGAAGCCUUCUUGGCGUAUAACAGGGUAACUGGUGAGUACACAGCAGUUGAUAACAAGAGAUAGCAGUCACACAAUUUUGUUAGUAGGCAUUAUACUGGUCAGCAAGUAUGAGCCCGUUUGGAUAUGCUUAUUGGAUCUUAUCUUUGGAAAUGCACUAAAUAAGCUCCAAUACUUGCUUUUUGGUUUGCAUCUGGAUACGUCUUGAACUGAAGUUGCCAUCUGAUACUCUGGUUCCCAUCUAAACAUGGGCUAUGAAUGUUCUCGCUUAGGGUGCCAGGUCGAUAUCAAAAAUGGUAAAUAACAUCUUGACAUGGCUUGUGAAAUUUGCUUGUAUAAUAUCAUUAUUUUGGCCUGAUUAUUUGAAGAUCUUGUAUCCUUUAGGUUUCCUUCUAUAGGUGUUACUGUGUUAGUGUAACAAUUUACUUUUGCAGUUCUGCAUUUGGAUCCUUGUAUAGAUAUAGUAGUUUUUUUUCUUUGUAAUGACCCUAUGGAUCUUAAUUGAAUGAGCUUUAGUUUUUAUUUUUCCUCAA